CGUCUGGCAGCCCCGCGAGGUCAGCCCCACAGGAAGCACCACCCACACCACCAGUAUUUUGUGAUAAUUACUGUUUUCUACGCGACCCUCGCCUCGCCCAGCGGUGCCGUGAUCUGUCAUCGGCGGGGCCAGAUAUGAUGAUGAUAGUGGUGGCGGUGGUGACGACAUUAAUGUAUAGUUUCAGCCUUGAACAUGUGUUACUUACCAGGUUUUUUUUUUUUUUCAUGAGCGCUUAGCCAUUCAGAGCAAGCGCGGAGGGCCUUAACCUUCCCUUGACUUACGCCGCAUCGGAAUUAAUGAAGACGUUGGGUGUUAGAUGUGUUGCAGCCUCACUGUGGACAUGUACUAGUGUUAAAGAAGGAUAACUAUCUGUUUUCACCCGUAUUUCAACGGGGAUGAAUUACAGUCUAUAGUGAUGAUUAUUUCGCUUUACGCUUGUUAUUCACACACAUCUCCCGACUCCAUCUUGAAGUGUACUGAGGUCAAAGAGGGUGAAUACGAGAAAAUCACCAUGACAUGCAUCAAAUGGUGUAUAAUUGGUCAUUAGCAACGUGAUCCUACUAACUAGCGAAGUAAUCGAGUAUGUUUGUCUCCAAGAAGAAGCGUUUCGGAAAAGACUGUCAUAGAUCCUUUUUAAAUCUGUCUCAUUUACUUUGUCUUCUGUUCAGUUGCCUCUGUCUGGUGUAGGUUGAUUCCUCAGAGCAAGUCCACGUGAAGUCACUUGACUGGUUACAAAACUAAGGAACUGAAGUGAUGAGUUGGUGUGGCUGGUUGAUAUCCGCCUCACCCCGCGGCGCCAGGUGGGGGGAGGAAGCUGCUGUUUCUGUCCAGAACCGACGUGCAAGUUGUGCAUUCAAGUCACUGCGAGGGUGGAUGAGGCUGCUGGGCGUGUCCCCGUGCACCGCCUACCAGCAGCUGGUGGCCGUGCACAGAAUUCAUUUCCGAAUACUAGCUAUACCACUACUACCACUCUCUGCAUUCUUACGUGGUAAAAGAAACUUAUGAGAAAUAAUUCCAUCUGCCUUGAUUUUCUCCAGGCGUCAUUAUUGCCACAGCAGAAUAGGAAAUAAAGUGACACCGCCUCCCAGGUACCCAGAACCCAGAGGUCGGGCGCUACACGCUGGUCUUUUAAAACCCUCCUCGGGGUAGGUUGGCCCCAGUGUUACUUGAGCCUUGGUUGUGGGAGGUUACGCUCCCCGUUUUCUGCGGUGCUGAUACACGUGGAAGCUAGCACGAUAAAAUUCCUUGCGAGUUGUAAGACUGAUAAGUAAAGCAAGUGAUCAAUGCAGUGAGCUCCGGAAGAAACCUGUUGCAGUGAUAAACAACUCAUCAAGGCAGUGAGCUCCGGAACCCCGAUCAAAGCAGUGAGCUCGAGAAGAAACCUGUUGCAGUGGUAAACAACUCGAUCAGUGCAGUGAGCUCCGGAACUCCGAUCAAUGCAGUGAGCUCCGGAAGAAACCUGUUGCAGUGGUAAACAACUCGGGCCGCUGAUAAUGACACUCCGCAGAAUGAGUCAAGGAAGACACAUUCAUGAAAAUCAAGAAGUCCCAAGAACACAACAGCAGCGGAGGAAGCGAUAGAAACAUCCCACAAGAUAUGAAGUUCUCGGCAGUUCUCGCGCCAUGCUCUCUGCCAAGCCACACUUCCUGCUCCUCCACCUCUCUGUGGCCGGAGUGAAGCAAACUUUAGCCAACAAUACGACAAAGGCCGCUGAAACGAACCUAAGAAACACGGAGCUCCACUUACAUCGUCCCGUGCUCGGCCGAUGCAAUGGUCCAUGAUUAAGAGGCGUGGAAAACAGUGCUUCCGUCUCAGGGCUAAUAGUUUUACUGGCGGGGAAACGAAGCGACUGAGUUGAGAUGCGGCAAUGGAUUAUGAUGAUGUAAGCGAUACGGUACGAGAUGAUGAGCGUGAGUGAGAGGACCACGGGAAUGGAGUGUUGACGGAGGAGAAGGCGGGGGAGGAGGAGGAGCGGGAAGGGGGAAGAGGGUGGAGUGAGGAGAAAGAAUAGGAGGAAAGAGGGAGAAAAGAAACGGGUGAUAGGGGGGGCAGUGCCGACAGUUGCCAUGGCUCGCGUCCUCUCCGCUCGCUACCGAAGUAAAGACCAGCAGAGGCAACGCAUCGUGACUUCUACGAGAGGAGGCUCCCCACCUCGCCACUGGGCAAAUGGAGGCGUUAAUCACAAGGUGGACGAGAAGCUGUCCACGCUAUCCAGGUACUGGACCAUUGACCGGAGCCAGGCGAGGAAGCGGGAGCGGAGCGGCGGCAGCUACAGCCACAUCAAGAGGAACCUGAGGGAGCGAGGCCAGCUCUUUGAAGACACCGAGUUCACCACCACCUCGAGGUCUCUCUACGUCCACAAGAAGCCGCACCUUAAUCCCAUUGUGUGGAUGAGACCACAUGAAGUGUGCGCGCGGCCGAAGUUUAUAGCCGAUGGAGCGACGAGGUUUGACGUGGAGCAAGGAGAGUUGGGCGACACGUGGCUGGUGCAAGCGGUAUCCACCCUCACCUUAACCCCGAAAUUCCUUGACCGAGUGGUUCCCCCAGACCAGGCGUUCGACCACACCUACUGCGGGAUCUUCAGGUUUCGGUUCUGGCACUUCGGUGAGUGGGUGGAGGUGAUCAUUGACGACCGCUUACCCACAUUCAAGGGCCGUCUGGUUUACCUACACUCCACUGAUCCCUCUGAAUUCUGGGCUGCCCUCCUCGAGAAAGCUUACGCCAAAUUCUACGGAAGCUACGAGGCAUUGCAGAAAGGCUUCACCACGAGAGCCCUGCAGGAUCUGACGGGAGGCAUCGUGCAGAGCUUCAGUCUCACAAUGCAGGAAAGGUUUCUCACGUACCAGGUUCUCAACUCAGCAGUACCUCGCUCAACGCUCCUCAUCGCAUCUAUAAACCUGGAGAAGGACAACAAGAGAAACCUGCGCCUGCGGAACGGUCUGGUGACGCAACACGCCUACAGUGUGACGGGCCUGGCCAGGGUGCGCACCAAACUGGGGGAGACGCCCCUUGUCAGACUGCGGAACCCCUGGGGCCGCGGGGAAUGGAACGGCCCCUGGAGCGAGCGGUCGUGGGAGUGGGAUUCCCUCUCCGAGCGGGACAAAGUGCUGCUCUCCGUGCGGGUCAAGAAUGACGGGGAGUUCUGGAUGGCGUUUGAGGACUUCGCCCGCCACUUCACCCACCUGGACCUGGUGCACGUGGGGCCAGAUGACUGGAUGAACGAGCCCGCCCUGCACUCCAAGAAGCCGUGGCGCGCCGUGCUGGCGAGGCGGCGUUGGCGUGGAGGCUACAAUGCGGGCGGCGGCACCCAGCACACAGAAACGACGGCCAUGAAUCCUCAGUUCCACGUGCAGAUACCCCGCGCUGGUCUGUCUAAGUGUCACGUGGUGGUGUCCGUGACGCAGCAGUACGACACUUUCCUCUCGGCGCAGGACACCAAGAGGCGGCACCACCUGCACCCCAUUGGCUUUGCCGUGUAUGAGAUCCCACCGAACAUGACGCGACUCACGCCAGCCUUCGUCACCGAGAAUAAACCAAUGGACGUGACCUCUCACAGUCUGGCGAGGGAGACCGUCACCUUUUUCACGCUGCCACCAGGGGACUACAUGGUGGUGCCGCACACCGCUCAGCCAAACUGCGACGCUAAAUUCCUACUACGAAUCCUUACAGACGAGCAGAGUAAUAUUUGGGAGGUGAAUGAAGACAAUAUGGUGUUCCGGUCCAUUAGCUUAGAACGCCUGGACGACGGUAUGAAGAUGCGCGAGGGCAGGACGAUGCUACAGAAACUGCUACAUAAAUACCCACCGGAACUCGAUCCACAUCUGUUCCACAAAUUCCUGAAGACUCACUGGAAACAGUUCCUCGUGGAGAAGCCGACGCUGGAGUUGGUGAAGAGCGUCAUCAUGCUGCGAGACUACAACAUCAGCGGGCGGGUGGCGCUGGUCGAUCUUCCAGGGCUCCUGCUAAUGCUCCAGUUCUGGAAGACUGCAUUUCUUAAAUUUGAUCGAAGCCAUUCAGGCAAGACCUCCUCCUACCACCUGCGGCCGGCACUGUGGGAGGCGGGGGUGACUGUGUCUAACAAGGUGCUGGAGUGUCUCGUCUUAAGGUUCGCCAAAAAUCGCAUUCUCACCUCGGAGGCGUUCUUAAUGGCUCUUGUCAGGCUGCACCUCGCCCACGAGCGCUACCACAGCAUAGACACCAAAAUGAAGGGGAACCCGCUUUCCUUAGAAGAGAUGAUCCUCAUGACAACAUAUUCCUGAGCGACAACACACGGAGGAAAUGUAAGGAAGAGAGAAGACUGAGACCACGAAAGAGGAUGAAAACUAAAAAAAAAAAAAGUUGAAAGCGUAAAGGAGGAGGAAGAAGAGGAGAAGGAGGAGAGUGAGAGGGAAGAUAGGGAAAAAAAGAAUACUUAAUGUUUUCCUCUCCUUUCCGAGCACCACUUGGCCACAGCGUCGCUCCUAAAUCUCGGCAAACCCAUCCGAUCCCAAGCCCUUCUCGGGGAAACGUGAACCCAUGAAUGUAUGUAAGGUGAAGUGCUGCGAUUCCACUCCAGCCAAGCCCCGCAUGCCUCCACAUACUCCCUCGUUUAGAUAAUGGAAACAAUACCAACAUUCUACGGCUCAGCGAGUGAAGUGUAUCUGGAAUUUCUAUACACCUCAAGGACAGGGUGCUUGAAAUAUAUAAAUCAAAAUGCACUUAAAAUUACAUAAUACUGUCUAAAAAAAAUGUGAUACGAUAUUUACUACAAAUCUUAUUGGAAAACAUAAGAAAAUAAGGGAAGUUGCAAGAAGCCAUCAGGACUACACUCGGCAGUCCCUAUAUGAAAACAUAUCUACCUAUUUCCACCUAUCAUCCCCAUUCAUAAACUUGUCUAAUCUUUUAACUCUAAUGCCUCAGCACUAGCAACCUCAUUACAGAGUCCAUUCCACUCCUAUGCCACUCUAGAAAGAUGGGCUCGUCAUAAAACAUAGCAAGCAAGGCACAGAUAUCCUUCCUAGUCACCGAGGAGAGAAAAAAGUAGGUGGUUUAAACAACAUAAUUCUUCCAUAAGUCCUCCGUGACCUUCGCCAGCCUGCAAAUCUCGUAACCUUGGACUAAUCCCCUUUCCUCUUUCCAAACGGCUUAUACAUACAAACAUUUAAGAAUUCUUUCUACACAGCAGCGCGGGGAAGGGAAGUUUUUGGGCCAGCGAGACUUUGGAAGGAAACCAUACCUCGCGAAAAUCGGAAUCGGAUUAGACUCACGGAAACGCUGAAUGUUUGUUGCUUUAGCGGCUCCUGUACCAUCAAGAGGAGACGUUAGAAGAGAAACCAACGUGCACAGUUCUCAGUUAAGGUCCGGACACUAAGCCAGCUAACACCCAACAGUGAGGUGGAUAAGGUAGUCAUGUUAAUUAAUGCGAUGGGACUUUCUUGUUUUGAAAAUAUACACGUGAAGCGAGUGUGCCAAAUGCGAAGAGGUGGAGGAGACAUCAACGUACAGGGUUCUCAGUUAAGGUCCGGACACAAAGCCAGCUAACGCCCAACUAUGAGGUGGAUAAGGCAGUUAUGCUAAUAUGAUGAGGAUCUUCUGUUGUGAAAAUAUAUAUGUUAAACAAGUGUGCCAGAUGCAAAGGGGAAUUAUUAUCCAAGCUAAGGAUGCCUGUAAUUCCAUCCCUAAAUGAUUGCAUUCUCCUCCACAGCAUCCCACCUUCAAAUAACCGUGACCAUAAUUAGACGCCCAUAGGUGAAUUGCUGAAGUAUUUUCGAGAGAGAGAGAGAGAGAGAGAGAGAGAGAGAGAGAGAGAGAGAAAGGGGGGAGCUUGAGGGGUAUCCGUGCUAGCCCGUUAAGAACAUCGGUAAGUAAAUGAACAACUUUGUGUGUACCUGUUGUUAAUACCUGCCAAGCUUUACACUCUCAGUCAACUACUAUUUAUGUGGCGCUAGUUGUGUUGAACGACGUUGGUUCGUUAAUUUAAACUUUUGAUAAUAUUCUGAAGCUUCUCUCCUCGCUGUGUACAUAAUUUCACGGGUAAACAACGAAGUGAUGCUGUUUAUAACCAAAGCUACUUAUUUUUUUUUCUUUCAAAAUGAUCGCCUAACGUGUAUCAGAAAAAAAAAAUUACAUCACUAGAGGAAAAAAACAUCCCUACAUAAUCAAUGGCUGUCUGUUGAAAGCCGAAAAAAAUAAAUAGAAAACACGAUAGCUCUCCAAUUAAGGGGCAUCUUAUGACUGACCCUCUUGACCACUGGCACCCUGGCACUCGACUCCAACCAGACCAUUUCACCCCCAGAACGUCCUGUGGCACCUUCUUGCCCCUUAUCAUUCUCUACCAUCGCACCCAUCCAUACCUCGGACCCUCCUAUAUCCCCUACCUCCCUCCCCGCUCUCCAACCACCCAACCCUCUGCCCACCGCUCCUCAUCUGCAUCAUCGAUAUUCCCAAGGUUCCCCCACGCCCCCGCCUUGCCACGGGAAAGGCAAUUUCAACUCCUUUGACAAGACCCUAAUUGGAUGUGACGUUGAUUAUCAUUGUUGUUGUUGUUGUUGAUGUUAUUGUUGGUAGUGGUGGUGGUGAUUUUUAGCAUCGGAAUUAGCUAUUUUUGUUAUUACUACUGUGGUCAUUAUUUUUAUCACUAUUAUUAUUACUACUGAUACUACUACACCAUCACCCACAACAACAACAGCAUCACAUUUACCACCAUCACCACCACAGCCCUUACCAUCAAGAGAGAGAGAGAAUAUGGCAAGCCGUAAACAGUGACUUUUCUCGCUCUUCUUCGAAUACAAUGUAAAAGGCACGAGAAAAACCAAGAGCUAUUAGUGAAAAAUUUAGAGGACAGCUCUUGGCCACGAAAACCCGCAGGUCUGCACUUCUGAGGGUUGAAAACAAAUAUCGGUGUGAAUUUGCGGCCUGUGCUGAGCCUUCCUUGUGUGUGUGUGUGUGUGUGUGUGUGUGUGUGUGUGUGUGUGUGUGUGUGUGUGUGUGUGUGUGUGUGUGUGUGUGUGUGUGUGUAGAAAAGGUGUUCCUCCAUUUUAUAAAGCAAAUUUGUGACUGAUUACGAAUAAUGAAGUUUGAUUCUCUCUCUCUCUCUCUCUCUCUCUCUCUCUCUCUCUCUCUCUCUCUCUCUCUCUCUCUCUCUCUCUCUCUCUCUCUCUCUCUCUCUUCUCUCUUCUCCUCUCUCUCUCUCUCUCUCUCUCUCUCUCUCUCUCUCUCUCUCUCUGGGUCGGCUACUCACGGAGAGAAUAUCGAAUACGUACAAGUGUUACCAGGAAGGAAAGAAGUAAAAGCAAUGUCUGAAAAGUCUUUAAAGCAAUUCAAUGUGAAGCUAAAGAUUUUCAAGAAAACACUCCCCCACCCACUCGGCGAUAUUAAAACAGAAAAGCCAAGUAUAUCCAGAAAAUUAGGCUCAUACAUAGUUUUCUUUUUUUAUUCUGUGUUUUAGUCUUGUGUUCGUCUCCUGAAGGGCAAGUUAGUAUUACAGGUACUCAGGAAUUUAGUGGAGGCCGCCCUGACACUGCCAAAAUCUCCCAGUAGAGCGGAUCACUGGACGGCGCCCGCUCAGACUCAGAUGCCCUUGUGUGAGGGGCAGAGGCGUGAUAAGUGCUGUACGUGCCCCAGUCGACGCCUUACUUCGCCUUCAGCAGCGAUAAAAGGGAAAAUAUCGUUGUUUGUGUUUUCUUUCUCUCAAAACAAUAGCGGAAAUCAAAGAAAGUUUUUUUUUUAUUCCCCGCCUAAAAAAUUUGCGGACGAGAGAAAAUAUCGUUUUUCCCUUUUUUUCUUUUUCAGUUUCAAAAUAUUAGCGGAAAAAGGUAAAAUAUCGUUUUGCUUAUUUUCUCUUCCCCGUCUCAAAAAUACGGUGUAGAAUAUAAAUAAUUUUAUUUCCACCAAGAGGACUUUUUUAAAUAUUCUUUUAUAAUGUAGUACAGAUGAUUUUAUUUAACAAGCUUUAAUAUAGCGGUGCAAAACCAAAGAGGAUAAUAAUAUAUUUUUUUUCGUCUUCCAUAUCAAACGUUUCUAUUGCUUUUCUUUAUUUUUUUUUUCUUUUACCUCUCCAUUAUAUCACGUAUAUUCGUCACCCGUGUUCCACCUCCCGACAGGUUGGUGUUCGAUCUUGUAUAUAUGAAACUAUAAAGUCUAGUUCAAAGGCA